GACGAUGUCAAUAUUACCUCAUUGCAUAACGGCCACUUGACAUUGUGUUAGCCUAUGCAGGUAAUGAUGUCGUGUCGGAGAACAAGGUGAAGGUCACCUAGUUUAAUACUAUCUCAAGAUACGCCCAGGUUUGGGCCCUCUCAGCUGACACAAAAUGGCCGUUUUGAAAUGUGGCAGACGACAGUUUGAUCUCAAUCUCAUAACAGUCGAACCGGUUUUGUUUCUUUACAUGAUCGGAUCCUUUCUGACGUACCCAACUUUCCAGGCAUUUGUGUUCGACAAGAUCUGCAUUGGCAGCUACAACGACACUUUCUGUAGCAAUCUGCAGAACAAGACGUUCCAAGAUGACCACAAAACGGAAGAGGAUUUUGUCCAGUCUCAGACGUCACACUGGAUUUUGAAGAAAAAUGUUGUGGAACUUGUUAUAUCUUGUUUCAUGGUUGUGUUCAUCCUGGGACCAUGGGGUGAUCGAUUUAGUCGGAAACCACCAGUAAUAGUUCCAUGUUGUGGUGCAAUGCUGGCUUCCAUUACCUACCUGAUCAUGUCGAUUUUUCCAUCAAUCAAAAAAGAAUACAUGUAUAUUGGGUUUGCGCUUAACGGCCUGUCCGGGGCUUACACAGCUCUAUUGAUGUCCGUGUACAGCUACGUGACUCACAUCGCUGAUCCCAGCACUAAAACAAUGCGAGUGGGAAUCCUUGAGUCCAUGUCAUUCCUUGCUGGAACGGUUGGGGUCUUCAUAUCAGGAGUCAUGUUGGACAAUACAAGCUUCAUAUUCGUCUUCGCCUUCAUAAGUGGAAGCUUCUUCUUGGGAAUGCUGUACGCUAUCAUACGUCUGGAGAACAUCACAGCCAACACAAUACCCGAGGGUGAAGGUGUCUGUGCUUGCUGGUUUCUGGCAUCCAUCAAGGAGUCUGCUCGUUGUGUGAUGAAGAAGAGGCAGGAGAAGAGAACUCGCUAUAUCGUCUUACUGCUUGUUGUCUUCAUCGUACUUAAUCUUGGAACAUCGUGUGAAAUUGAUGUCCUGUUCCUGUACACAAGGCGGGCACCCCUCAGCUGGUCCUCAACAAUGUUUGGUUACUAUAAGGGUCUGGAGAACUUCACUCGCAGCAUAAUCCUGGUCACUGUUCUGCCCCUGUGUAGGAAGAUGAGGGACACCACUCUGGGACUAUGGGGCCUGGCGUCCAAGAUCAUCGGCCUUGUUAUUAUUGGUGUCAGUCAGUGGACAUGGCUCCUAUUUCUAGUGGCGAUAUUUGCCAUGUUCCAAGGCUUUCCAGCAGCUGUUGUUCGGUCACUCUUGUCCAGCAUGGUCAGCCAGGCUGAACAGGGACGACUGUUUGGAGUGGUAGCUGCUGUGGAGAGCAUUGGAAGCUUGUUGGCAUCCCUCCUCUUCAAUGAACUCUACCCAGUAUCCCUUUCUUUCUUCCCGGGAUUCAGCUUCCUGCUGGCCGCUGGUAUAUGUGUCAUUGGGGCAGCCAUCAUGCUGUGGCUACAUUUUGAACUCCCAACCAUGGUGUACUGUGAUAUACAGCAAGAAGAAACGGAAGAAACGUCACCGACAGACAACACAACUAUCAAUAAAGGGGACCUGCAGACAGACCAAGUUGUGGCCCACAUGUAAUGGAAGUCUCUUUCAUGAUGUACCUGAGGUUUUCCUACUGACAAGCUGCAUCACAGAUGUUCAGAUAGUUUAAUAUAUAUAUACUAUUAACUCCUUACCUUUUCCUAACGUCAUUGCUUUAAGUGAAUACACAAUGCCAUUUAGAAAGUAGUUAAUGGUAUUUGGGAUUUCAUUUUCUGUGUUGGCGAUUUGGAGCCUGACUACGAGAAUGUGGGUUCGAACUCAGCCCAACAAAAUUACUAGAUUCUGUACUUUACUGAGAAAGUGUAAUCCCAAAUAUAACAUGUGUUACGUUGUCACUGCUGUACCUAUAUAUUACAUAUAUUAAAACAUUAAUGUUGAUUCUAACAAAAUCACAGCAAUCGCACACAAUAGAAUGUUUAGGAGCGACCAGAGUGCAUUUGAGUAAGCGUAAUAGUAUGCUGUACGCUCGCUAUGGACAGAGAAGUUUUACCUACAGCACAGCUGUAGAGUGGAACAACCUCCCAGUACAUGUGAAAGACUCAUCUUCUCUUCAGUCAUUCCGUAGAACAAAUACACUUAUUAUUAUUAUUAUUAUUGUACUUAAAGUGAUGUUCAUUCAUUCAUUCAUUCGAUUCUUUCAUUGCCAUAUAUUUCUUAAUACUGGAUUCAGUAAUUAUGUAUUGUUUGUUAUUUGAUUUGACAGUGUUGUUGUUCGAUGGAUGAUAAUAACACCAUGCGUUGUAUUUAAUACAAAAAGGGUAUAUCUGCAUACAUGCAAGGCUACCGGGGAUUCCCGUAUUUACGCCCGGCCUUCAAAAUAGCACCUUCACAUUUAAACUAUAAGUCCGCAAUCACGUCAACAGCAGCCACAGCGGCUCCACAGAUGGCACAAACACUGCAGGAAGAGCGGGUGAAUAUUCCCCAAGCCACAAUUCACCAGGCAGUACUGGGCCUUCACAUAGGGGCUGUUUGACUGUAGACAAGAAGGGAUAGCCUCCCCGUUGCCAUUCGAUUGUUUGACAGACCUCCCUCAGUGACAAUGCCUUGUGCCACAUUGGGCAAUUUAUUAUGAUCUUUUGAUUAUUUAUAUAAUAAAAAAUACAUCUGAAA